AUGUCGUUUCUGUUCAAGUCGUCCAAGAAGCAGCAGGGCUCUGCGCUCCCUGCUGCGACGCGCAACAUCAAGUCUUCGGACGGCUCCGGUCCUCCCUCAAAUAUCCCCUCGGCUCCUGGACAUGCGCGAGAUGGUUCCAAUGGUAGUCCAAGAGAGAAGUCCCAGCAGACUCCUACGCCUGGCACCAGUGUCAACUCGCUCAACUCUCUGGGCGAAAAACUACAAGACAGCCCUCAAUGGUCGUCCGAAAAGCCCUCAAACACACCCAGUCCUGAGCAAAAGGCUUUGCGCGACCGUGCCGACAGCGACUUACAACACACACGUAUGCGUCCUCACCAUGACUCCUCGCCGUAUCCCUGGUCUCAGCGACAUCUAAACUUCACCGUCCCUACAAACCAUCCUUUCCCUCGUUAUGGCGCCGCCGCCAACUCACUCGCUUCCAAAGAUGGCUCCAUAUACAUCAUGGGUGGUUUGAUCCACGGCUCGACGGUCAAAGGCGAUCUUUGGAUGAUCGAAGCUGCUCCCAAUAAUCUCAGUUGCUAUCCUGUCGCAACUACUUCCGAGGGUCCUGGUCCAAGAGUCGGCCACGCUGCCUUGCUUGUUGGAAACGCCUUUAUCGUCUUUGGAGGAGACACGAAGACGGACGAGACCGACAUGCUCGAUGAUACCCUUUACUUGUUGAACACCUCUACGAAGCAAUGGUCGAGAGCCGCUCCAGCAGGCCCCCGUCCUCCGGGCCGUUACGGCCACUCGCUAAACAUAAUCGGCUCCAAAAUUUAUAUUUUCGGCGGUCAAGUCGAGGGCUUCUUCUUCAACGAUCUAGUCACGUUUGACCUCAAUGCGCUUCAGCAGGCUAGCAAUCGGUGGGAGACGCUAAUCCAGAAUACUAUAGAUGGAGGCCCUCCUCAUGGACAGAUCCCUCCAGCACGCACCAACCACUCUGUGGUAACGUGGAACGAGAAGCUAUACCUCUUCGGCGGCACGGACGGAGUCACCUGGUUCAGCGACGUCUGGUCCUAUGACCCCCGAACCAAUUCCUGGUCGCAGCUUGAAUGUAUCGGCUAUAUUCCAGUAGCUCGUGAGGGACAUGCAGCUGCAUUGGUUGGCGAUGUCAUGUAUGUGUUUGGAGGCCGCACUGAAGAGGGCAACGAUCUCGGUGACCUUGCGGCUUUCCGCAUCACAACUCGGCGUUGGUACACUUUCCAGAACAUGGGACCUUCGCCCUCACCUCGUUCCGGACAUAGUAUGACCGCUUUUGGAAAACACAUUGUUGUUACCGGUGGUGAGCCAAGCUCAGCUCCACGCGAUGCUGCUGAACUUAGCCUGGCGUACUAUUUGGAUACCAGUAAGAUCAGGUAUCCUAACGACUCCCAGUCGCAAAUGUCUGCCGACCAACGAAUUCAGGGUCAUAGACGUCCGAGCGGUGAAAGGACUGGUAUUCCACAAAGUCGUGCAGCCCCUCGAGAUCAAGCAGAUUUCGAUGGUCCUCGACGCCCUGGUAGAGAUAGUUCUGUACCCAUCAACCGAGCUCCUGAUCAAAUGGCUGGAGGUUCGAGGUUGCCCCGUGCUGCUGGACCUUCAGGCCCUGGAUCAGCGCCUCAACAGCAACAACAACAAAACAAGCCCACAACACCACCAAGCCGUCAACCGACCAGGCCAGAACGUGUGAUGAGCCCAAAUCAAGCUGGCCAGUCGCCUACUGUUGUCACUCGCACCGCUCCCGGACCCUUCCACAACGACUCCAUGGGCGCAAGAACAAUGUCACCAACAACAGCUACUCCCACAAUGGCUAGCACAAACGUAAACAUCAAUUCAAGGAACCCAGACGACGACCAGGACAGAACACCGCAAACGUACAAACCAACUCAUCAACCAAUCUCCUCAGUUGAUAAGUCUGUGGAUCAAACGUUCGCUCCCCCAUCCAGGACUAGUUCAAGAACGGCAGGGCCACAAACACCUCGUGAGAUCUCUGAGGAGACACCCACCCAAGCAACGAACCGUGCGCAUCCAUCGCUCCGAAAUGUGGAGCCACAAGAUCGAUUCGAGCGUGGAACGCCUGUCGAUAUGUCCCUUCAUCCCACUCAGAGGGAAAUCGCAGCGGAUAAUGCUCGUCAGGAUGUACAGAGAGAAGCUCUUGUCGAUAGCGCACUGGAUCAAGCAACCGAGUCUAAUCACGAUACCAACGAUCUGACUAAAGAGCUGGAAAAUGAGAAAACUAAGAAUGCCUGGUUCGCCUCGGAGCUUGCACUAGCACGAAAGGCAGGUUACUCACGCAGCGCCACAAAUACUCCAGCCUUCGACGAACGUUCUACCGAUACGUUCGGCGAUGAUGACAGACCGCUUGUGGAAGCUCUGCUCCGUAUGCGCGCAGAGCUGGCCAAGGUGCAAGGCUCUAUCGACAGUCAAGCAGAAGCCGCGGCCGCGCGUAUUGCUGAGAUAGAAAAGCAGAGAGAUACUGCCAUCAGCGAGGCCGUCUUCGCCAAAGCAAAGCUUGCAGGUCAAGGAGGCGCUUCGCCUAUACUGGAUUCUAGCCGACAUGGCACCCCUGACACGGAUCGCGUUGGCGACAUGAGUAGACGACUUGCAUCUUCACUGGCAGCCCAGACCGAAUUAUCCCGUAAGAUCGACAGCCUGAUCCACGAAAAGGAAGCCGAGAAGCAAGCUCGAUUGUUGGCAGAGGAGACCGCAGAGGCUGCCCAGCAGCGCGUCACCGAACUCAAUACGGAUAGACAACGCAUUGCUUCCGAGAUUGAAUCACUGCGCGACGAAUUACAUGAAGCCCAAAAAACUGCCAGGGAAGCUUCUGCCAAUCAUGCUGAUGUGCUCGCCUCACACAAACUUCUCACUGUUGACAAGACCGAACUCAACACUAAAUUGGAGAAUGCUCUAGCAGAGGCAGAGGAGCAUGGAGCAAUUCUUGGAUCACUGCGUGAAGCACUGGCAGCGUCCACUGACAAGUCCAAUCUUCUCGAGGAACGCCUUGAAGAAGAGAAGAGAGGCCGAAACGAGCUGGAACAGCAAAUCUCUUCACUUCGAUCGCAACAUGAAGAGCGUGCGAUGGAGCUCGAAACCACUAAUCGUCGCCUCAAGGAUGCAGAAGGUCUCGCCGAAAAACAUGCAGCUGAAGCACGUACUCAUCGUCAAGCUGUUCUGGAUGGCCUUGGCAAAAUUUCUCUGCGCGGUUCCGAUACUCGCAACAUCGUUGAUGAGCGAGUCACUAUCCUCCAUGGUCAAGUUGAAACGGCCAACGCCAUGGCCAGGCAAAACCAAGCCGCAGCCGAUCUUGCUUCUGAGAAGUUGCGUCGUGCCGAAGAGCGUAUUGCUGGACUUGAAUCUUAUCAAGAGCAGGCCUCUCGCGAAGGCUUGACGAUUCGAAAGCAGCUUCAGGCAGCACUCAAGGAGGCCAGAACUUUGGCCGAAGAACGAGCCGACCUGCAGCAGCAAUUGCAGAGCCAGCAGCUGGAAACAAAUGCUAUUGCUGUACAGCACGGUGCGCUCAAGGACAUCUUGUCUGAGCGUGGUGUCAACCCUGUCGAUGUGCGCAAGUCUCGAGGCUUUGACUCACCUUCAUCGCAAAUCAGGUUUGGCACUCCAGAUAUACAGCGUGUCAAGGAGCUAGAACAGCAACUUGAGGCCAACCUCAGGGCGCAUGAAGAGAUGAAGACAAGUCUUGAGGAAAUGCAGGACCGCGAAGGUCUUACCAGAAAGGAGUACGAGGAAAAACUUACGACAUUGCACAACGACCAUCAAGCUGCUGUGAAGUACCUUCGCGGCACUGAGAAGAUGCUUAGCAAGAUGAAGCAGGAACUGCAGCGUGUGAAGAACCAAGCUGCCGACUAUGCUAAGGAACUGGAAACGAUGCGCACGAAAGAGAACGACACUCGUGGCCUGGACCAUGAGUCCGACGUCAACCAGAGCGACAGCCUCCGAAAAGAUCUCGAAAAGAUGAAGACUGACCUUGAGGCUCAAAUUUCAAGUCUGCACCGUCAGCUUGGCGAGAGAGAAACCGAUCUCAGCACUUUGCGUAGCUCCCACGAAACGACACAAUCGAACUUUGCCGCGCUUCAAUCAACUCACGAGGCCUCAAGAGCAGACCUUGAGCGUCUGCAGAGGGAAAAUGCCCAAUUAGAGGAGCGCGCUCGAGAUGCCGAAAACAAGGUGCAGCUUCUACUUGAUCAGGUCGAGUCAUCUGUCGACAACUAUCGGCGUCAAUCGUCGAUGCCAAACGGUAACACAAACGGAUUUGGCCACCACAGGGCGUUGAGCAAUGUGAGUGCUAGCACGGCCAACUUCAUCCCCGCACACUCUCGUGGCCACUCUCGCGGUCACUCUCGAGGCGAAUCAAUGGGAGGGGACAGUAUCUACUCGCAGAGUAUUGCAGCUUCGGAGACUGGCGAUAUUGAAGCGCCAGACGGACGUGAUAGCCUGGCGCUCGACAACCUAGCUACAGAGCUGGACGCUUUGCGUACGCAGUGGGAGACGACCAACAAGUCGUACCGUAUCAGUGAUCUCGAGUUCGAGAAGACACCUACGAGUGGCACUGCGCCAGCUGAGUUUGGUCUGGACAAUUGGAGACGUGGAUUGGAAGUUGGUCACGACGACGAUGAUGAGCGACCGAGCACCUCGGGUUCAACUGCGCCACGAGCAACCUCUUCGUCAAGUGCACAUCCAGCAGUCAAGGAAAGAGCAUGA